AUGGCAGGCAAGAGAAUUGUAUAUGCUCUAAUCCCUUUCGUCCAAAGCCAGCCUCGAAAUUCCUGGAUAAACCGCGGAAUGCAUAUUCUACCCGCUCCCUUGUUAGGCCCGUUUUCUCAGACUGUUAUCUGCUGCACCGAUAACCUCUGCUAUUGCUCAGCUUCAAGGCCCCAUCCCUCGUCGGCAAGGGAGAGCGCCGAGUCGGGAGUGAUUUUCAUCCGGCUACUCCGUAUAAAACCACGCAUCCAGCGAACGAUUGAAAACGUUGGAGACCUGCUGUUCUCAACGGAUGAUAUGCAAAAAGCUAGAGAGAGCGAACAUGCGGCCAGGCUCCCGGAGCCGACGUUUGUCGUACUCGUCUGCUGUUUGUCCUGGCCAGAGACCAGAGCUGAGCCUUGUGUUUUCUGGACCGUAUUCCAAGUUUACAAAGUGACAUUGUCCUUAUCUCCACCCAGGAACCCUGUCAAGGUAGCAGGCAAGAAUAACUUCGACUACACGAAGGAUCCCGGAGGGAAUCGAAGACGAAAUGGAGGACUGAGAUUGCCCCCAGUUCCUCGACCUGUGCGCGGAUGCGUACGGAGCAGAUUAGCACAGAUGGACCAGGCCAAUGCACAGAGAAUGAAUGGAAACAUGAGAUGGGACCAAGAUGAUUUUGCUUGA